AUGCUAGUUUAGAUUUAGUUGCCGUUCUAUGAUUAAAAUGAAACUUUGCUUCGUAUUGUAACAUGGAGGUUUAAAUCUUGUAGGCCGAGAUGGAGGCAAAGUUUGAGGAGGAGAGGAGGUGCCGACUGGAGAUCGAGGCCAAGCUGGAGCAGGAGCGGAAGCUGAGGGAGGAGCAGUCGGUUAUGUUGCAAAGCAUGGUCACCUGGAUGCAAGGACUUGGCGCGUCGAUGAACUAUGCGACGCCGCCUCCUCCCUUCGUCUUACCAGCUCAGCCUUACUUUCCUGCAGGACCUUCUGACACUCCAAAUCAGUCGUGGAACGCAUCGAACGACCCUCCUCCGGACCAGAACUCGCCGCCCGCCCAGUGGCCAACUUGGCCCCACGACCUGAGCACGAGCCAAGAAGAAGAGAAGAAGUGGAGCAACCUGCUCUCCGAGGUGCCAAAUUACUGA